UAACUCUACCUGUCAUUCUCAGGUCAUGUUUUCACUCGGUUUCUUGUUCCUGCUGUAUACAGCAGCAGAGUGUGCUGCAUCACCCAUCUCCUGCUACAAUGACCAAGGGGACACCGUGGAUUGGUUCUAUUUGUACAAACUCCCUCAUCGCAAACACAAGCCAGAUGAAGGGCUGAAAUAUCUGCUGAUGGAUGGAGGAAGUGAGGGAUGGACAGAGGGAAGGGGGCUGGUGAAUGACAGUGCAGGAGCUUUGGGCAGAACUGUGGGACAACUGUAUGAACAGAAGGGUAGUGAAAUUGCCUACAUCCUGUACAAUGACCAAAAGCCCAAUAAUACAGGCGAAAAGGGAACUGAUGUAGACAGUAAUAGAAGAGGUCAUACUAAAGGUGUUGUACUGGUGGAUAAGACCCAGGGCUUUUGGUUGGUCCACAGUACACCUAAUUUCCCCUCUGUCAAGAAAAGAGGUGAAUUUUCAUAUCCACACUCAGGGAUCAUGAAUGGACAGAACUUUCUCUGUGUCACGUACCCACUGCGGAUGUUCCAGACCAUUGGUGAGCAGCUGCAGAUCAAUGAGCCUGUUGUCUAUGACUGCAAUGUGCCUGAUUCCCUGGCCUCUGUCCUGCCAUCCAUGGCUGAGGUCUGUAGGAGGGCCAAAGGUGAUGAGAGAAACCUCAGUCUCUCUCACUCCACCCACUUCUCUUCCCAGUUAUCCAAUCGCAGCGUCUCCCUAACCUCAUUGGCUGGAACCAACUUCAUCAGCUUUGCCAAGAGUGCAUCUUUUAGAAAUGAUCUCUACCACUCUUGGGUGGCCCCAGCACUUCAGUCGGACCUGCUGGUCCAGUUCUGGCACUUGUCACGAGGCAUUCUUCCCUCAGACUGCUCCAGCAACUGGAAGGUCCUGAACAUCAAAACUAUCUCGCUCGGGGAAACGGCCACAUUCAAUUCCACUUAUGACCACUCCAAGUGGGCAGUCAGCAAGGGGUCUGGGGCCCAGGAUGAGGCAGGGGGCUGGAUUUGUGUGGGUGACAUCAACAGAAACGAGGCAGAGGAGAAGAGAGGGGGUGGGACAGUGUGCCACAGGGAUGCCACCGUGUGGAAGGCCUACAGGACUGCGGUGAUGGAGUGCUUCCCCUGCGAAUGAGUGGUGCGCUGGGAUCAAGGGGAGGGCUUAAUCAAUGCAUAAUUAAUCAAUGCAUAUAAUGCUAAUCUGGAUACGGUUGAUAACACACAGUGAAACAGCUACGCAGCAGAGAAUGGUCUAAGGGUUAUGUAUGUUUGCAAAUUAAUUUUAUUUUGGUAUUUUUAGAAAUUCAGCAGUACCAGUGAGAUAACUAUAUGCUGCAGUAAUAGCAUAGAUGAUCUGAGCAAUCAAAUGCGUUACUAACAUUUUAAAAUCCUAAAAAAAAGUCACAACAGAUUUCAUGAGAAUAAAAAUGUUAUUUUAGUUAGUCAUAGUAAAAAUGAGCCUAUUCUGUCAUUUAACUAUUAAAAAAUAAGCCUAUUCUGUCAUUUCUUCUCCAAAAGUAAACUAAUAAUAUGGAUCAUCUGAUAUGGUCAUUACAUGUACUGGCUUCUCCUGAAGCAGUUCCAAAGACUUUGGGCUGAACAGCAUUCUCAGCUCAACUAGAUUCUGUGGAUUUGCACGUCAAAGGUUGUAACUGCAUCCACUCUUUCUGCUGUUAUAUGUAGAAUAAAUGAAAGCUUCUAUAGACACAUAAAUUGGUCCAACACAAAUUCAACUAAUCAUAUAUUUAAUCUAAUCUCUGGCCAUCUUCCAAGACAGACUGAAGACCUACAUUGCUCAUUUUGAUUUCCUCUCUGGAUAAUGUUACCUGUAUAGCUGUGUAAAGAUAGAUUCUCUUUUUUGUUACAAUACAAACUGGUUUAUUUUGUUAAUAAAGCAAUCAUUGAUUGUAUGGGCCUUUGUGCCUUUCUGAGAUGAAGACUGGUGUUCUUCACUUCUGUUAGCUGCUAUUGAAAACAUUGAGGCUAGUACAUUCUUCACUUUAUGAUUCCCGCUUCAUAUCAUUCUACUGCAAUUAUUUUGGUUAUGAUUUUUAGAAUUUUUUUUUUUUUUAAGUAUUGUUUUUUGCUAUAGCAAUGCUGCUGCUUUUUUGCACUGUUACUCAGCACUGUAACUGGAAAGGUGUGGGAUAAGGAGGACAGCUAAGCACAGAAAAUGAAGCACAGAAUCAGAAAUCAUUUUUAUUUUUCUAAAGAACAUAGCAAAUGUGAGUAUUGAUUUGUCUGAUUUGAAACUAAUAAAAUGAAUUUUCCCAGUUAA